CGCAGGCACGAGUGCAGUGGUAGCAGCGCACUCCGUCAUAGAACCGGUCCACCACGCCCGCAGUCCACUCCCAGCGCCGCCCGUCCCUCCGCCGCCGCCGCCGCCGCCGCCGGAGAAGACCAAGAUGGCCGAGAAGACGGCGGGCCCGGCCUCCAGGUCCAGGAUCCGGGGCGGGCUCGCCCCCUCCGCGCCCUCCUCCAGGAGGGUGGUGUCGAUGGCGUACACGGCGGCUCCGCAUCAGGCCAAGAAGGUUCCUGAGCCAAAGGUUGUCAAGCCAACCAGAACCACGCCCGCCAAGAGGCGGCAGCAGCCGGAUCAGGGGCAGAAGCAGAGGGAAGAGCGCGCUGCUCUGCAGGAGCAGCUCAGUGGCCUGCAAGACAAGCUGCUUGAGAAGGACGAAGCUCUGCGGUCCGCGGAGAACUUGAUUGGCAGGGUCAGUGCCGCGAACGAAGCGGUCGACGAAUUGAGAAGCCAGCUUAAUGACAAGGAAUCGCUGGUCGAAUCUACUGGCUCCGAGUUGCAUUGCGCAAAGAUCAUGUUGGCAGAGAAGCAAGCAGCAUUGGAGAAGUUGGAAUGGGAGGCAAAGAUGUCAAGUACAAAAGUCGAGGAACUUAAAGUGGAUGUAGCCUCUAUGGAUGUUGAAAUCUCUGCUCUGAUGAAGGUAUUCAGGAAAAUAACAGAGAACAACCGAGCCUCUCAUCCCACGGACAGACCUGACGAUUCAUCGUUGGAAUGCGAACCAAUUCAGCUCGAUGAUACGGUAGGUGAUAUCGACACGGAGAAGAUGGAGCAGGAAAUGUCAGCCUACGUCACGGCUCUAGCAGCCGCUAAAGACAAUCCUACGGAGGAGUUCCUGAAGGCGGUAACGGAGGCAAGACUGAGACUCCAAGCUUUUGUACUCUAACUUGGCUUGGAGACAUUGACAAUGCUCUGUGCCUAGAGCAGCUCUCGUGAGGCUCAGCGGUCACCGUGCUUCGCCUAUGAUAUGAUGUGCACGCGAAUUGGCAGUUGUCGUCACUAGGUCUUGUAUCGCAGAGGAUCCGUGUUUGUAUCCUCUCAUUUUGGAUCUGAGCCGAUGAUGCCUCUGAUCUCGUUGUUGUAAUGUUAUCCACUAUGUUCAGUAUAUGACUGGGUGGCGUCUUAGUAGAGAUGUCAACUUGUAUAACUGUAGUGAACAUCUAAUGGUUCGACCUGUUUGGACGACCUAGAGAUUAUUGUUCUCAAUGGUCUGAACAUUUGCGACCCGAUCAGGCUAUUGUUUGGUUUCAUGCA